AUGCCUGUGACAUCACCAGCUUGCAGGCAGGAAUAGAAGGAAGGCGUCACAUGACUGUUUAUUUCUUGUCGAGUGGAUGUGGAUAAUAUUGAGGCGACUCUGUUCGUGUGUGAUUCGCUGAAGUUCUGCUACAAUACCCUUUUUAUGUCGGCAGCACUAUGUCCAGUUCUUUGCCCCCCAGCUCCUGCGACUGUUUCGUCUCCCUCCCUCCGGCCUCUCUUUCUUCCUUUGUUCUGUUUGGUAAGAACUCGGACCGACCCCGCGAUGAGGUCCAGGAGAUUGUGUAUUAUCCAGCAGCAUCUCAUCCUCUAGGAUCCAAGGUGAAGUGCACGUUCAUCGAGGUGGAGCAGGUCAGGGAGACGCUGGCAGUUGUGCUGAGCCGUCCCGCCUGGCUCUGGGGUGCUGAGAUGGGGGCGAAUGAGAUGGGUGUCUGUAUAGGGAAUGAAGCCGUGUGGACCAAGGAGCCAGUGACAGAGGGCGAGGCUUUAUUGGGCAUGGACCUAGUCAGACUAGCCCUAGAGCGGGGCCCUUCAGCUCAGAAAGCUGUGCAAGUUAUCACUGAACUGUUGGGAGAGUAUGGGCAGGGGGGCAGCUGCAGGGAAGAGCCUGAACCUUUCAUAUAUCACAACACAUUCUUGCUGUGCGAUCGCUCAGAGGCUUAUGUGCUUGAGACUGCAGGGCCCUAUUGGGCAGCAGAGAGGAUUGUUGAGGGUGCCCGGAACCUGUCUAACCAGCUGAGUAUAUCUGUGUGCCCCUGGAGUGAGCACCCCCAGCUCCGCUCGCAUGCCUUGCAGCAGGGGUGGUGGGACGGCCAAGGAGAAUUUAACUUCUCUGUAGUGUACUCUUUGGAGAAGCAGCCGGAACGCAUGGCAGCAGCAAAACUGAGAUACAGAGCUGGGCAGGAACUGCUUCGUAUGCAGGAAGGACACAUGACAGUCAAGUCUAUGCUGAGUAUUUUGCGUGACAAGGAAAGUGGUAUCUGUAUGGACUCUGGGGGCUUCCGUACCACAUCCAGCAUGGUAUCUGUGCUGCCACGUUCCCCCCAUGAACCAUGUAUUCACUUGCUGUCGGCCACACCAGAUCCAUCCAGAUCAGUGUACAAGCCCUUUAUGUUUAGCCCACGUGUGACACAAGUGCCCUGGGUGUUGUCGCCUACUUUUGGAGAGCAGGACCCCGUCAAGCAGAUUCCUAGGUUCCAGACCCAAGUCGAUCGCAGACAUGAACUCUACAGACAGCACCAGAGAGCUCUAGAGGCUUGUAAAGGCAAUAAGGAAGCCGAAGAGACGCUCAGACAAAAGCAGUUAAAGCUGGAGGAGGAAAAUCUCCAUUGGGUUGAUACAUUUCUGGACACGAGCAAGUCGGCUGACCCUGUGGGUGGGUCUGAUAUAUUCCGGAUCUGUGUGGAGAAGGAGCUGGCGUUAUACAAAGAGACGGGAGAAAAGUAAUGCCCCCCUGUGGAAGAAUAAUAUCAGCCGUGCAAUAAUACGAGUCUCCUUGGCUGCAAUAAAUAGACAAUAAUUAAAUAUAUUUAUCAACAAAGUUAAAAAAAGAUUCACUAAUAAACAUAUUGGUGUCA